AUGCUAGAAUUGCAUUUUCAGUCAAUUUCGAAGGCUAGAACACUUUACUUAAGAAAUAUGUUGCAGACCACAAAAAAGGACUUUUUAAGCAUUAAUGAGUAUGUCCUGAAAAUGAAGGAAUUAGGGGAUGAGUUAGUAGCAAGUGGUGUUAACAUUGGAGAAAAAGAGUUGCUCUUGUAUAUACUGGAUGGUCUAGGACCAGAGUACGACGUUGUUGUGGUAAAUUUGACAUAUCACAGUAGCAAUGCAACCAUUCAACAAGCUCAAUUCAUGCUUCAUAAGCACGAAAUGAGACUGGAAAGACAACACUCGGCUCUGUCAAAUUUUCAUGAGCACUUAAACUCUGCCCUAUUUGCUUCCAAGCAAGAAAACACCACUAACUACUCUAAUCCUCUGACUAACUCAUCUGGUCAAAGAAUGCUUGUACCAUUUCAUGGUCAAGCUGUUGGUCAUGGAUAUUCACACAGCCCCAAUGUUAAUAUUACAAACUCUGGUCCAAUUCCUGGGUUAGUAUAUCUUGCAGCAAGUAGUUUUGAUUUUGGACAGAGCAAUUAUCAAGGAGCAAGUUAUGGAAGAACUGGUUACUGA